AUGGAGGCAGGAGGACAAAGACGAGGAACGCAGUGCUGGUGGCUUGCUAUCAGCUUUUCUCUGAUGCUCAGCUGUGUGGAGCGGGUAUCAGCUCAAAUAAAAUAUUCAGUUCCAGAGGAAGUAAAGGUAGGAAGUGUUGUUGGGAAUGUGGCAAAGGAUCUGGGACUGGAUAUCAGUUCACUGGAGAAACGACGGUUUCGUAUUGUUUCUGGAGCUGAAGAUGCUCAGUUUGAAGUAAAUCCGAACAAUGGCGCGCUGUAUGUUCACGGAAAUAUCGACCGAGAGGAGCUGUGCGAAAGAAUACAUCCAUGUAUCAAAAACCUAAAAUUGGUAGCUGAGAACCCCAUGGAAAUACAUCAUGUGGGCGUGGAAAUCAUGGAUGUAAAUGAUAAUUCCCCCAGUUUUCAAGAAUAUGAAAAAAUAUUGGAAAUGUCUGAAUCCACUAUAACAGGCAGACGAUUUCAAUUGCCAACUGCACAUGAUCCAGAUGUUGUUACUAAUACUGUGCGUAUGUACAAAUUAAACCAUAACGAUCAUUUUAGUUUACAAAUUCGAGAGAGAGGAGAGGACAAGGUACCAUUUUUAGUUUUACAAAAGUCUCUGGAUCGGGAAAAGGAAAGUGAACACAAACUAAUACUAACAGCAAUUGACGGCGGAAAUCCACCGAGAUCAGGGACUGUUAAUAUCACAGUCAUAGUCCUCGAUUCGAAUGAUAACCACCCUACAUUUAGUCAAGAAGUUUAUUACGCUACAGUACGUGAGAAUACAGAUGCGGGUGUGUUUGUAAUUAAGCUAAAUGCGACUGACCUGGAUGAGGGACUAAAUGGACAAAUUGAAUACUUUUUUGGUGGAGAACUCAAGGGUAAUUUAUAUGAGAUUUUUAAUAUGGAUAAGGACACUGGUGAGCUUCGAAUCAAUGGGGAAAUUGACUUUGAGAAAACUGAUAUUUUUAAGUUGGACAUCCACGCCACGGACAAAGGACAACCUCCGAUGAGUGCGGAUUGCACAGUAAUCAUCAAUGUAUUGGACGUAAAUGAUAAUAAACCUGAAAUAGAGGUAACAUCUUUGUCAAAGAUUGUAUCAGAAGAUUCCAAACCUGGG